AUGGUCAGCCGGGAGCCCCUUCCCGGCCCGGCCCCCGCUGGCGAGGGCAGCCAGGAGAAAGCCAUGACGGUACGCUCGGUGCUGCUCAACCGCGACUCACCCGACAUCGAGAGCCGCCUCAAGCGCCGGCGCAACCGCACGCAGCAGGUCCGCUUCAAGGACCUGGUGGAGGGUGGCGUGGGGCGGGCGGCCAGCCCCCCCCCAGGGCCCGCAGCCGCCACCAGCCCCAACACCCCACGUGCCUCGCCGCCCCCCAGGGACGCCCCUGAGCCGGCGGCUCUCUGUGCCUCGCGGCGGAGCUGGCCCCAGGCCCAGCUGGGCUCGCUGACACUGCCCAUGCCCAGGAAGGCGUGCAUGAGCACCGCCAUCCAGACCUCCCCCAGCCUCCAGAAGCCCUUCCCAGCCUCCCAGCCCCGCAGCAAGAGCGUCUGCGACAUGGCCGGGGACACGGUGCUGCCCGCCACCGCGGGGAGCGCCCGGUGCCCAGGAGGGGCUGUGCCCCCGCGGUCGCCUGGCAGCCUCCCUGUGCAUGAUCAUGCCGCAGCCCUCGCCCAGCACGCUGCGGUGUGCCGUGCGCCACCGCCACCGCCCAGGGAUCCCUGUCCCCCUUACCUGGGCACGGCCGGGUGCCCCGCUGCCCGCUGCACCUCCCCAGCGCAGAGCUGCGCCCCCGAGCCCUGCCCACUGCCCCCUGCCUGCGCUCAGCUCCGCGGGAACCCCAAGGGCGGCCGCGGGAACCCCCCACGCCCGGCCUCCGUGCCCUGCGGUCAGCCCCGGCCACCCGCCGAGCCGCGGGGACUUGGCCGGAGCGACUCGGAGCGGAGCCUGCCCCGCAGGCGCCCACUGCCCCAGCCCUCGCCACACCGCCAGGAGACUGUCCCCGCCACGGACACCCACGGCCUCCGCCAGCCAGCUCAGGGCAACCCCAAGUGGGACCCCCCGCCACCCCAGCACCAGCUCUGCGGCACGCCCUGGGGGCCCUGCUGCACCUCGCCAGCCCCCAUCCCACCAGCACUGGGCUGGUACGGCUCUGCCGCCACCGUGCCGGAGAAGACACCAGCUGCGCUCAGCCAUCUGGACCCCCGUGGCAUCUGCAGCCAGCUACGCAUCGCCGAGCCUGAGCAUGGCCGGGCAGGACUGGAGGGGCCCAGGGAGCCGCGGUCCCCGGCCCCACAGGGCCCCGGCACGGGGACACAGCCGGGCGGGCAGGCACGAGAGGUCCCCCAGCAUGGGCAGCCCUGCCUCACCGCCGAGCAGUCUGAGACACUGCGCCACGUCCAGGACCUUCUGCAGCUGGUGGUGGCAACCAAGGGGCCGGUGGGUCCGCCAGCGGGGGACAAGGACGCCCAGACAUCUCAGGGAGAGAGCCCCCGGGGGCCCGGGGAGCAGGGGGACCUGCAGUCCCAGCUGCAGUCCCUGGAAGGGGUGCUGGAGACCAGCCAACAAACCAUCCGGGUGCUGCUGGACGUCAUCCAGGACCUGGAGAAGAAGGAGGCCCAGCGGGACGGGCGACACUCGUACCGGACAGGGCAAGACAUCGCCAACUGCGGGACCUGCCGGGACUGUGCCUGCAUCAUCUACAGCGUGGAGCACGAUUUCCGGCAGCAGGAGGGCCGCUUCCAGCAGGUGCUGAGCCAUAUUGAGGGGACGCGACACCGAGCUCCCCCGCGGCGGGCGGCGGGGGCCAUCUUGCCGCCCAGGCAAGAGCCGUCGCCGGUGACGAAGCUGCCUGCGAAGCUGGACGCGAAGAAAUCCAGGCGCAAAUGCUUCUGGUUCCUGUGAGCCGGCAGUGCCCGGUGGGCCAGGAGCGUGGGGGCACUGUCCCAGCACUGACCCCCUGCCCACGUCUCCUUCCUCC